GGGAGGGGGCGUGUCGGAGGGGGCGUGGCCGGGCAUCGGCGCAGCAGUGGCUGGGAGAUUCCCGAUGGGGAGGGCGAAUCAUGAAUAUUCAUUGAGGCACAGUCGCGGCUCAUUAAUAUACAUUAAUUAAUGUCCAUGCGUGCAAUUUACAUAGCGCCCUGUACUGGCACCUGUGGAUGCGCUAUCAUUAGUAUGCUCAUUAUUAUUAGUUAUUAGUAGCUCGUUAAUAUUAUGCACUUAAUUUGCAUGGCCCUCAGCCACCAUGCUGGCGAAUAUGCUAAUAACGAACUAGUUAAUAUUCAUGUAUAAUUUGCAUGCCGCCCAUUGACCUGCUUUUAUGCUAAGGAGCUCCUUUAAACGUGGAGCGGAGGUGGGUGUGUCUUGUGUCUGACUGACAGGACCGAGCUGCUCACAUGCCUGUCUUACCUACUGCAGGAAACCAAUGCAUCAUGGCUCCACCCCAUCGCACCUGUUCCAGUCCUGCAACCCUACUGUGCAUUGUCCUCCUGGGCCUGCAGUAUGUGGAUGCCCUGCGCUCGCCCCCGCCCCGCCCCAACUUCCUGAUCAUCAUGGCUGACGACCUUGGCAUUGGAGACCUAGGCUGUUAUGGCAACACCAGCAUCAGGACCCCAAACAUCGACCGCCUGGCGGAGGAUGGAGUGCGCCUCACACAGUACCUGGCAGCAGAGUCAGUGUGCACGCCCAGUAGGGCCGCAUUCCUCACUGGGCGCUACCCUAUCCGCUCAGGGAUGACUUCUGGCAACGGACACCGAGUGCUGCAGUGGGCAGCAGGCGCAGGUGGCCUUCCUCCAAAGGAGAUCACGUUUGCUCGCAUCCUGCAGGGGCAGGGCUAUGUCACAGGGCUCGUGGGGAAGUGGCACCUGGGCCUGAGCUGCCGCACUGUCUCCGACCUCUGCCACCACCCGCUGAACCACGGCUUCCACCACUUCCUGGGGCUGCCGCUCGGCAUGAUGGGAGACUGUGCGGGGGCGGAGCCUUCUGAGAAGCGGGCGGGGCUGGAGCGGCGCCUUCGAGGGGCGGGGCGGGCCCUGGCAGCAGUGGCCAUUGCCAUCACAGCACUGGCCUGGGGGCGGGGCCGGGGACUGGCACCGGCCUGCUGGGCUCCUUGGGCAGCCAUUGCCCUGGGUGCAGUGGCGGCCAUCUUUGAAGCAGGGUCGUAUGUGGUAGGUGGGGCUGUGGCGCGCUAUGACUGCUUCCUCAUGCGCAACGCCACCGUCACCCAGCAGCCCCUGCAGCUCGACCAUGUCACACCUCUGUUGCUCCGCGAGGCCAAGGACUUCCUGCGAAGGCAUCGCCAUGCCCCCUUCCUGCUGUUCCUGUCCCUGCUGCACACGCACACUCCCCUUGUGACAUCGCCUGAAUUCCGAGGUCGGAGCGCACAUGGGCGCUAUGGCGACAAUGUGGAGGAGAUGGACUGGGUAGUGGGCCAGAUACUAGAGGUGCUGGAGCGCGAGGGCCUGACGGACAGCACACUUGUCCACUUCACAUCCGACAACGGCGCCUGGCUUGAAGCCCAGGCUGGGGGCGAGCAGCUCGGCGGCUCCAACGGGGUCUUCCGGGGUGGCAAGGGCAUGGGCGGCUGGGAGGGCGGCAUCCGCGUGCCAGGAGUGUUCCGCUGGCCGGGUGUGCUGCCUCGGGGGCGUGUCCUCGACCAGCCUGUGAGCCUCAUGGAUGUCUUCCCCACCGUUGUGCGGCUGGGGGGCGGGGUGUUGCCGUCAGACAGGGAGAUUGAUGGGCGCGACCUGUUGCCCCUGCUGCGCGGGGAGACCCAGCACUCCGCCCACGAGGUCCUGCUGCACUACUGUGAGGUCUUCCUGCACGCAGUCCGCUGGGUACAGCGUGACAGUGGCCAGGUGUGGAAGGCCCACCUCCUUGGGGCAGGGGCGCCCAGCUUGCAGCCGGUGCCCAUCGCUGAGCCGGAAAUCCCUGGACUUGGCCCCUCGGCGCACUCCGCCAUGAUGUCGGAGGCGCCGAACUUGACGGCGGCCAUAACGUCAGAGGCAGUGACGGCAGCCUUGGUGACGGCGGCGCGCGUGAGGCAGGAGUAUGACGUGCUGCGCCCCACCGCCGGCCAUGUACCCCAGCAGAUGGGGUCGCUCUACAACCUGUGGCUGCCUUGGCUGCAGCCGUGCUGUGGCCACUUCCCUGCCUGUGCUUGCGACUUGGAAGGCGGGAGCCGGAAGUGAUCUUGGUGGUGCCGGAAGUGAAGGUGGCGCAUGGGGGUGGGACUUCCUGUGAGACAGGAAGUACUGGUGGCUUUGGGGACAGAGAGGGAGGCCUGCUGGGUGGGGUUCCAUGGAGGAACAGGAAGUAAGGAAGAGGAAAUCAGAAGUCCCUGGGAGUGGUGUGUGUGUGUGUAUGUGUGGGUGGGUGGGGGGGUAGGUGGUAUGUACCUUUAUAAUAGUUAAAGCAGGGGUUCACAAUCUCCCCAAUGCUGCAGCCUUUUAACAUAGUUCCUCAUGUAACAGUCCUCAACCAUAAAAUGAUUUUCACUGCUAUUUCAGCACUGUAAA